UGACAGACAACAGAGCUGCAGCCAGGAGGCCUGGUGGAGCAUAGAGGCCGUCAUGCAAUGCACACAUACAGUAGUUGUAUAAGCAAACCAGAGCGUGUUAGAACCUGCUCUGUUAUGGCUUUCCACUUGUCUGUGUAGAGCAGGCUUUCAUUUAGACAGGCAGAAAAGGCAGGGCUGAAAUUUUACUUUUAAAGUCAGUCAGUGGACUCACAUAGCCUGACCUGUCUCAGCUUCAUCCAUUCCACUAUGUUUGUUUAUUUUAUCCUGCUAUGGAUCUUUUUCAUUUUCUGUCUCAAAUGCCAGAGACCAAAGAACUUUCCUCCAGGGCCUCCUCCAUUACCGAUACUGGGGAACCUAUUGAGUCUGAGCCUGGACAACCCCAUUAGGGACUUUGAGAGGCUGAGGAAGCGCUAUGGAAACGUCUACAGUUUCUCCAUGGGACCCAAACUUGCCGUAAUAAUCAAUGGGAUGCAGGCAAUGAAGGAGGCUAUGAUGACUAAAGCUGCUGAUUUUGCAGGACGACCCCAAGACAUUUUUGUCAGUGACCUCACCCAGAAUGACUACGGCUCCAGUUGGAAGGAGCAUCGUCGCUUUGCUCUGAUGACCUUGAGGAAUUUUGGACUGGGAAAGCAGUCCAUGGAGCAAAGGAUUCUGGUAGAGAUGCAGUACACAAUGGACACACUGGAAAGGAGCAUUGGUUCAACGAUGAGUCCUCAAGUUAUGUUUCAUAAUGUAGCCUUCAACAUCAUCUGCCAGGUCCUGUUUGGCACGCGUUAUGACUAUGAUGACAACUUCAUCAAAGUGGUUGUUCAGUGCUUUAAAGAAAACUCCAAGAUAGCCAAUGGACCUUGGGCUAUGCUGUAUGACUCUGUUCCCAUGGUUCGAAACCUGCCACUGCCCUUCAUGAAGGCGUUUAAGAACAUCGAGACUUGUAAGAAACUUGUAACUCGUCUGAUAACUGAACACAAAGAGACCAAGGUCCCUGGGCAACCACGAGAUUUCCUUGACUGCUAUCUGGAUGAACUGGAUAAGAGAGGCAAUGAUGGCUCCUCUUUCUGUGAGGGCCGACUCCUAAUGUUUGUCCUGGAUCUUCUCUUUGCUGGGACUGACACCACAUCCAACACCCUGCUCACUGGCUUCCUCUACCUCAUGACUUACCCACAUAUACAAGAGCGAUGUCAGCAGGAAAUAGACCAAGUGUUGGGAAAGAAGGAUCAUGCUACUUACAAUGACAGACACAACAUGCCUUACAUGCAGGCUGUGAUCCAUGAGGUCCAAAGGGUCGCCAACACUGUUCCUCUCAGUGUCUACCACUAUACAACUAAUGACACAGAGCUCAUGGGAUAUUUCUUACCCAGGGGCACAUUGAUCAUCCAGAACAUGACCUCGGUGCUGAACGAGGAGGAACAGUGGAAAUACCCUCAUGAAUUCAACCCUGAAAACUUCCUGAAUGACCAGGGAAAGUUUAUAAAGCCAGAGGCGUUUAUGCCGUUCUCUGCAGGUCCUCGUAUGUGUCUUGGAGAGGGUUUGGCUCGCAUGGAGCUCUUCCUCCUCAUGGUGACUAUGCUGAGGAGGUUUAAGUUCAUCUGGCCUGAAGAUGCGGGACAGCCAGACUACGCCCCUGUCUACGGGGUCACACUGUCCCCUCAGCCUUACCGCAUGAAGGUCCAACUCAGGGCCACAUAGUAAAUCUUCAGUCACAAAGUGAAGAUUGAUCCAAGUUGACACAAGUGUCCAGUAAGAACACAACAAAAACAGUAAGGGAAAUCUUCACAUUUCUUAAAUUUACCUCAUAUGGACAAGAUUAUAAUGAUGUUUUUAUUAAUUUUAGUACAAAAAAAAAUCCUUGAUAUUAGAGCUUGGAGAAAGAGACAACUUCUAGUUAAUAGCCCCCUCAAGUGGGCAGAAUUUUGUAUUACAAUUCAAUAAAGUGUAAUUUCUGAACAUGACCAGGGUGGCAUUUAAAUGUCUUACAUAAGUUAAUAUGUUUUGCACAGUGAGCCACUUUGUUUUAUCAAACUGAUCAGAGGAAUGUAUGCGAUAUGGAAUAUUAUGAUGUAUGUAACAGUCUUAUCCUGUAGCAUGCGACAUGUGACUUUCAGCUUACUUUUAAAA